AUGCUGCGCUCACGACUGCUGCAGCAGCAGCAGCCAGUGCUGUUGCUGCAGCAACAGCGGAAGCUGGCACCUCGCAUCUCGUUUGCUGUAGCAGCAGCAGCGGAAGUAGCAACAGCAGCACGAGCGCCUUCACGGCCUGCAGCUCCAGCAGCAGCAGGAAGGUUAGCUUCAGCAGCAGCAACGGCAGCAGCAGCCGCCCCUGCUACUGCUGCUCCUGUUUCUGUGGGGCCAGUGCUGAGGGCUGCAGCUCUGCGCCGGCCGGCGUUGCUGUCCUGGCCUUGGCAGCAGCACAGCAGCAGCAGCAGCACUUGUUGCCGCUGCUGCUGCUGUAGCAGAAGAGGCUUGGUGACUAGCAGGGCUCAGCUGCUGCUAGACCUUCCCAAAUCUGAGGGAGAUGACUUUCUCAAAAAGUGCGAGGAGGUGGCUGCCGCGCCAGCUCCUGCUGCAGGGCAGUGGAGCCUCUUGUCUUCUGUGAUGCAUGCGAAAGGAGGAAGUUUAUACCCGCUGCAGCUUUUGCUGCUGCUGCGGCUGUUUGCUGCUGCACCCUUUGCUGAUGAAGCCCUCCUGGCCGCCGUGGCGGCUCGGGCGGAAGACCUUAUUGCUGCAGCAGCACCGCCCAGGGCGGUGGAGCUGCUGAGCCUUUUUGCAGCUUUAGGCUUCACUCACCCUCUCGUGCAGCAGCCGCUGCGGCAGCGCCUGCUGCAGGUGCUGCACCUGCUGGAGAGUCACCACUUGCCCUCAGCUUUGAACAGCCUUUCUCUGCUGCAUAUACUUGUCGGUUCAUCUGGAACUCAAGAGAUGCAAAGGGAAAAAAGCCAAAAGCAAGCAGCAAACGACAGCAGCAAUAAGCAGCAGCUGCUGCUUGUCGAUGGCCUCGCCACACAGGCAGCCCUUCUGUGCGCAGCAGCAGCACAGAACAGCACAGCCACAACGCUUUUCAGCUGCGUGGAGGCCCUCAGCCGACUGCGACACCGGCAGGAGGAUUUGCUAGCCCUUUUCACGAAGCGACUUGAGGCUGGAUUUGAGUCGCUGAGCCUCAAAGACUUGCUGCUAGCUGCUGCUGCUGCUGAGCGCUACGGGCUGAAGGAUUAUGCAGAGGCUCUCCAUGAGGAGCUGCUCCGGCGAGCGCCAGACGCCUGCAGCAGCUGGGAGGGUCUUGGUAGGCUCUUGCACCUUCAGCACAAGUUCAGGUCAGAAGCAGCAGCAGCAGAAGCAGCAGCAAAAGAAGCAGCAGAAGCAGCAGCAGCAACACUCAGCGCUGCUGCUGUGCUGUCUGGAGUCGCUUCUGGCGCACCAUUCUAUGCAGCAAAUGCAUCAGACGCAGAAGCAAGAACAACAGUAUCGCUGCUGGUGUUCCUGGGAGCAGCAGCAGCACCAACAGCUGCAGCAACAGCAGCAGCAGCAUGCGUUCCAGGAGCGCUGCUGCUGUCUCCGCACCUGUUGGCUGCGCUGCCGUCGCUGCCGAGCAGCAGCAUCUGCGACUUUGCGCAUGCAGCAGCGCUUUGUGUCUUUCAACUGAUGCGCAGCGAGGGCGUGGAGGCGCCGCUGCAGCAGCAGCUGCUGCGGCAGCUCGAUGCAGCAGUGUUGCUGUUGUCUCAUGCGCAGCAGCGCCUCUCGCUGCAGCAGCGAGAGACACUUAAGGAAAUCUGUUUCUUCCUCUCUGCCCUGUUCGCGGACUCUGCUGCUGCAGCUGCAGCGCCUGCUGCGGCAGCAAUCUCAGAGGAGACAAAGGCAUUUGCUGCUGCUGCUGCUCUGGCGCCGGCAGAGGGGCCCCUGCCGCGGGGCCCCCCGAGCCUGGACUACAGCCAGCUGGAGCUCAAGAGCGUCCUCUCACGGAAGCUCCUGGUCGCAGCAGACGGAGAGAAAGAAGUGGCGCUGCACCACGCAGGCGUGCACGAGGUGUACGUACAGCUCAACCCGCAGCAGCCGCAGCAAGAACAGCAGCAACGGCAGCAGGCCUACUGUGAGGACUUGGAAGAGCUGUUUCCAGGGACCGCGCUGCUGCAGCAAGCCCCUAGCCUGACAGCAGCAGAGAGCUUUUCUGUUGCGUGUGUGGCUUCUGCUGCGGGUCCUCCUCUGCAGCACCGCCUCUACCUUUUAGCUUAA